AUUGUUAUGAUCAGUAAUCACUGCGGUUUUGUUGAAUCAUUCACUAUUUUAAAUAAGUCGCAGUGUCAUAGUCUUUUCUUCAUUCUGUUUUUGUGUGUUCAGCUAUGAUAUCGCCUGAAUAAUAUCGUCAUGCGGUGGUUAAAAUUUGCGUUUACGUUAAAUGUGUGCUGUCUAUUAUCUGCGUGCUUAGCCGAAUUAGACUUCGAGAGAAAAGAUAAAUUAUUAAAUGGAUUUGUAGAUUACUUAAAUAAUUUACCAAACCAGCCAUAUACUUACGAAGAUGGUGCUAUCAUUAAAACGCAUAAAACGAAUGAUGCCAGUGAAAGUUAUUAUAUUGAAAUAAAUUUGAAAGCCACAGAUAAUCAUGAUUUAGAUUCGUCGAGAUACUUAAAAUGCUCUGCGACUAUACAAGACUUGAAUGAAGCGGGUAUAAGUGUACAGAAUAAUGAGUAUCACUGUGAUAACAGUGAUCAGAUGACAGAACAAAAGUCUAGUGAAGUUGGUCAGCAAGAUAUUGACCAACAGGAUGUUGAUCAAACUACUCAAAUGGAACUAGUCACUGCUCAUGAACCUGUGCAUUUGGAUAAUGAAGUCCAAUCAAAUAUUGGGAUUACAUCUGGUGAGCAGUUUAUAGCAAUACCUAGAAGACAGUAUGGUGGCUCCUGCAUAGGAUGCUCAAGUCAUGUGAACAUUCAAGCACCUGGAGUCAAUGACCUAGCUGCUCUUGCUAUCAAACACUUAGAUAAACAUGAACCUAAUGUCAGGCACUCACUUGACUCUGUGCUGGAUGUGGAAAGACAAGUGCAAGCUAUCAAUGGUGUUCGAUAUAUCUUAACACUUCAAGUUGGCUUUAAUAAAUGCUCACCACCUACAGAUGAAUGUAUCGAAUUUAAACCAUGUAAGAUAGCAAUACUUGAAAAAAGUUGGAUAAAAACACGUGAUGGUUCUAAAUACAGGACUAUUUUAUCAAAUAACUGUACAGAGGAAUGGAUAUUUGGAGAUGAUGGUGAAUAUAUACCAAAUAAUGAUGAUAACAAUGAUGAUGGUAUACAAAAACCUAAACCUAACAAUGCAAAUACAGGAUUUGAGGAUGAAAUUCUUAAAGUGAUUCAUAACACUGAUGUGCAGGCGCAGCCCCAACAAGAAAAAACUCUUACUGAGAAUGAAAUGAAAAAUUUAGAAGAACAAAUAAUUCCUUAUAAUAAAUUUGAUGAAACAACUGUAAGUGAAAUCAGCGAAACAUUAAAAUCCCAAAAGUCAGGUGAUGAGAGUGCACAUCUUGUUUCUGGUAUGGAGACAGUGAGGCGUUACGGUGGCAAUUUCGCUCAACAGAAGUCACCCGAGAAUCAAGAAAAGACUAGUUAUUUAAACCAAGAUAAGAAAAAAGCUAUUGAUGAGUUAAUAAAUUUUUUCAACUCUGCUGGUUUUGAUGGUAAUCACUAUGAUAUUAUAAGAAAUAAGAGAAGUUACAAUCAUGAUUUAAAAAUUAUGUCUCUUGCUGAAAAAAUCCAUAAGAUUAAGGAUAAUGUCAAUAAUGCACACUAUUUAUAUAAUCUAGCACAGAAUAUGGUAGAUUACAUUAAUGAGAUGGAUUUAGCAGUUAAAACAAGAAUCCUUAAAGAAGUAAUUGCUGCAGAAGAAGAAUACGAAAAUUUCCAACAUUUUUUUUAUAUUCAAGCACGUGUUGCAAUUCCUUGCGAUAAAGCAGAAUGUGAGAGUAACAAUGAAGUAACGAAAAUUUGCAAUGGUGUGAUUGAAGUUUUUGAACAAAACACACCUCAAAUUUUAAGUGCGUUUUGUCACGACGAAAAAAAGAAAAAAAGUCAAUUCAGCAAACCAGAAACUAUUCCAUUAAAUGAUCCUGUAUUAUUAAAACUUACUCAGGAAUCAUUAAAGAAAAUCGAAAAAGAAUCAUCGAAUCCAAAUGCAAUGAAAAUCGAAGAAAUAUUAGAAGCUAAUACACAACAAGUUUCGGGUAGACUUACAAAAUUUAUCCUACACCUUGUUUAUACUAAUUGUAAUAAAACAAUUCCAUAUGAGAAGAGAACAAAUUGCACAGUGAUACAAAGUAUGGAUUCUAAUGUAUGUGAAAUAACUGUACAUGAAAGACACUGGCUAAAAGAGAAAAAAGUGACACAUGUAUGUACUCAAAGGCCUAUUGAUGAAAGAUUUACUAAAAAGAGACAAUCAAAUAAUAUACAAGGCUUAAAUGAUCCAAAAGUAUUUGACAUGGUGCAAGAUGCCUUGCAAUAUUUAGAUGUUAAUUCAAAUAGAAACAAUAAGCAAAAGGUCGUAGAAAUUACUUCUGUGACAACUCAGCUUAUAGGAGGAUUGUUGACAGAAGUAAAGUUUGCUGUGGGUUACACAGAAUGCCCAAAUGAAUAUCAAGUUGAUCUAAAGACUUGUGAAUUAUUACAGAAUGAACCACUACGUAAGUGUCAGGCACAAAUAUGGGAUCGCCCUUGGUUAGAAGAUGGUAAACAAAUUAAGGUCAAGUGUGAUGACACUAUAGAUAAAGAUAUUCAUAGAUCUUUAAAGAAAAGAUCAGUAAAACCAGGAGGAGUUAAAAACACGGAUCCUACUGAACCACAAUACCAAUUAUUAGCUAAUUUAUCAUUGAAAAAAUUUUUGCAAGACGAAGGUUUUAAUAAUGAGUAUGAAGUUGUAAAAGUUGAAAAUGUUACAGAGCAAGUGGUAUCUGGAUUGUUAAUUAAAAUGCAUUUUCAAAUAACCAAUAAAAACAUCCAAAAUGAAAAACACGUUUGUUAUUCAGAAAUAUGGAAACGUCCAUGGUUAAAUUACACUAAUUAUAAAGUAAAUUGUGAAGAUUUAGGAAGUAAGUCUAGAAUAAAACGGUAUAUACCUGCUGAUGUUGGCGUUUUGAAUCCAAGAAAAGAUUUAGACAAUGUUUAUACUUAUAGGGAAAAAGUUGAAAACAAGCCAAAUAUAAGACGUAAACGAGCGUUCACAGGUGCUCCAACAAAAAAAAAUGUAAAUAGUGAACAAUACAAAUUACUGGCUGAAGAGUCAUUAAAUAAAUAUCAACGUAUUAAAAAAACAAAAACUAAACAUGAUAUAACCGUAAAACGGGUAACUGAGCAAAUUGUUUCGGGAAUAUUAUAUAAAAUAGAUUUUAUAGCUACGCCUACAUCAUGUAGCCAAAGAACAUCUAAAUGCAAAACAAACAACUUACUUGCCUGUCAUUCGAAAAUUUGGAAUCGACCUUGGAAAGGAAGCAAGGAAAUUGAUGUACAUUGUAAUGAAUAUUUUGGCAAUGAAGAUGAUUCUGACAAAGAAAACAAUAAAAGAGAUAAACGCAGCAUCCGCUUGGGAGCUCCGAAAGAAAAAAAUAUAGACAGCAAAGAGUAUAAACAACUAGCUGAUCUAUCUCUAGAAAAAUAUCAGCAAAUAAGCAACGCGAAGUAUCAACAUAAAAUUGUUAAAAUACAUCAUGUAACCGAACAAAUUGUAGAGGGUGUUCUUACAAAGUUAGAAUUCUCUAUAUCACCAACAAAAUGCUUACUUACAGAUGGCCCAAAUGUAAUAGACGAAUGUAGUUUACUGAAACCUCAGACCGUACUACGCUGUGAAUCGGAAGUAUGGAAUAGACCAUGGUUAAAAUCAGAGAAAGAAAUAAAUGUAACUUGUAAGAAAGUUUAUACUAAAAAUGUUAAAACAGAUGAUUUGCAUGAUAACGAUAAAAGAACGAAGAGGCAAAUACAUUCAGGUGAAAAUAAUAUUGACGAGGACACCAUGUACUACUAUGCGGAUCGAGCUAUAAAUCAAAUUAAUGAUAAAUCGGAUACAAAUAACUUACAAAAACUUAUUACUGUACAUUCUAUUCAAAGCCAUAUGAUUAGGGGUGUAAAUACGGUAAAAAUGUAUAUAGAAACUGCAUAUACUUUCUGUUUACGACAUCAAGAUGAAGUGCGCUUAGAUAAUUGUGAAGAAUUAUCAGGAAUGUAUCAUAGGCUGUGUCUUGUUAACUUGCGACCUUCGCCGGAUGAUGAAUUGGACGUGGAAAGCAUUGAUGUAGUGUGUGAUGAUGAGGCUGAAUUCAAAAAAGCUACAGGAAUUUCAAUACCAGAAAUAAUUAAGCGAUCUUUAAGAGAGUUAGAAGCGUCACCUAAGAUUCAAAACAAAUUGAUUAACAAAGGCGAACCGCACGUUAUACCGAGCUUAGAUUUUGACAAUCCUACCAAAGUGACGUACAUAGUGCAAACUUUAAAUUGUUCAAAACACGUAGAUUUAGAUCGAAACCCUGAUUCGUGUUAUUUAGAUGUAUCUAGAAUUUCAAAGACAUGUACCUCAUAUGUGUGGAUGAAACCGAAUAGUAAAAAAAUUGGAAAAAUCACUACAAAGUGUUCUGAUCAGAAAAAGUAUCGAUAUAAGCGAUCUUUAGAAUUAAAGAAUAUUACGUCUGAUGAUAAAACUAUACAAAAUUUAGUAAAAGAGUCAUUAGAAAAACUAGAAAUGUCUUCAAUCAAUAGAUAUAAACAAAGGGUUAUGCAAAUUAAUAGCAUUACGAACAAAAUUACUACAGGAAAGCUGACUACUAUAGAUUUCGAUGUGGGUUACACUAACUGUCUAAAAUACGAAUUUGUGGAUAAUAUCACUACCUGUGAUUUCAUAGAACAUUUACCCAGGCGACAUUGCAUUUCGCACGUUUGGGAGCGACUUUGGUUGGAAAAUGGUAGGCAGAUCGAUGUUAGCUGUGUAGAUGAUGAAACUCCUCUUGAAGCGCACGUUGAGUUUGAGAGUACCGAGACUGCUAUGCAAUUAGCAAACGAGGCUGUGAAGCAUAUUGAAGCGAAGUACCCAAGUCCAAGAAGACAAAAAGUUGUUAGAGUAUAUUCAUUACAAAAACAAGAAAUAGCUGGUCUCCAUUACAGAAUGAAGAUCGAAGUUGGGUAUACCGACUGCAUGGCAUUAAGCAUUAAAGAUGACUGCAAGAUAGUGAAUAAUAUGGGCUUAAAUAAGUUUUGUCGAGUAAAUGUUUGGUUGCGAACUUGGACUGAUCGUCCGCCUAUAUAUCGCGUGUCUUGUGAUUAUCAAGACGGCGCUACCACUGAAUUAUAUCGAAAUAUACAAGCGGAACAUUUGUUUUCCGAUUUUCUGGCUACAUACACGCCCGAUUAUGUAAAUGAUCGCAACGAAAUGCUAAAAAGGUUCACCAUAUUUAAAGAAAAUGUAAAGAAAAUUCACGAUUUCAACACCCAUGAAAGAGGAACAGCUAGAUAUGCCGUUACGAGAUUUGCCGAUUUGUCUUACGAGGAGUUUAGACAGAAGUUUAUGGGAUUGAAACCGAGUCUUCGAGACCAUAACCAAAUACCAAUGAGAAAGGCUGAGAUCCCCCAGGUGCAUCUCCCAGCCUUGUUUGACUGGCGGCAGUAUAAUGCAGUCACUGAAGUUAAAGACCAAGGUUCAUGUGGCAGUUGCUGGGCAUUUAGUGUUACAGGCAAUAUCGAAGGUCAAUGGAAAAUUCAAACAGGCGAACUGGUGUCGCUAUCGGAGCAGGAGCUCGUGGAUUGUGACAAGUUAGACGACGGGUGCAAUGGUGGUCUUCCAGACAAUGCUUACAGAGCAAUAGAACAACUCGGCGGCUUAGAAACAGAGAACGACUAUCCAUAUGAAGGUGAAAAUGACAAGUGCGCUUUCAACAAAACCCUAUCUAAAGUAAAGAUCACUAGCGCCGUCAACAUAACAUCCAACGAGACUGACAUGGCCAAGUGGCUCGUACAGAACGGCCCUAUUUCCAUCGGUAUAAAUGCGAACGCGAUGCAGUUCUACGUGGGCGGCGUUUCUCACCCUUGGAAGGUUCUUUGCAGUCCGACGAAUUUGGACCACGGUGUUCUCAUUGUAGGAUACGGCGUUAAAGAUUAUCCGCUGUUCCACAAAACUUUGCCCUACUGGAUCAUAAAGAAUUCUUGGGGUAAGUCAUGGGGUGAGCAGGGUUACUACCGCGUCUAUCGUGGCGACGGAACGUGCGGCGUCAACCAGAUGGCCAGUAGCGCUGUUGUGUAGCAAAAAUAUGUUAAUAAUUUCUGACAUCAAGCUAUUUUUUCCUCUAUUCUGUCGAUAGUAAGUGUCACUGUCAAUUGUGUGAUUGGACAACUUAUAUUUGUAAUUUUUAUUUUUUAUUUUAACAUAAUCAAAAAGUAAUCAUUAAUUAGUGGUCUUUGUUUUCAUAUCAGUAUCAUAAAUUAUUUCUAAGUAAAAUAUUAACAGUAAUAAAUAAAUAAUAUAUGCAUUCAUAAAACUGACAGGUUAGCAAGUUCAUCAAGCGAAAUUUGUUCGCAUUAUUUUUGCCAAUAAUCCACAGAGUUGAUUGAAGACACUAAAAUCAAUAAAGUUUUUUUUUAGUUUUUCGUUUAGUUUAAUUACAUUUGUUGAGUUCGGUUUAGAGAAUCUCGAAAAUUGAGGCUUUUUUUUAUUAAAAUUAUAGAUUAGGGAAGAUUUUUAAUUAAUUAUAAUGUAAAAAAAUAUAUAAAAUUAACAAUAAAAUAUCGAAUACUCUUAUGAAUUCUCUUUAAUCUUAUGCUUCUUUAUAGAUCUGUCUUAUAUUUUUUUUAAAUAACUUUUUUUUACUUACUUAAAUUUCGUGCCAUUAUUAAUGUAUCGAAUAUAUUUGUUUAUAAAAGUUUAUUAGAUUUGCGUUAUUUUACUUCAAAAGAAUCUUGCUAAUAAUGUAUUUAUUCACUCGUGUUCGUUUUGCUAGUCUUAAAAAUAUAUUUUUUUUUUUAAACAGUAAUCAUGUGCUCUUUACUUUAUUAUUUUCAAUAAAUGACGGACUAUUCGAAUUUUGCCAAAAAUACAUAAAUACAUUUGUUUUAAUUAUUGAAAAAAUAUAAGGAUUUUUAAAUGUUAGUUAAAUAAAAUGUUUUUAAACAUAUUAGAAAAAAAUUUAAGCCAACUAGGCAAUUUAUCUAGGUGCUAUAUUGCAAUACUUAUGUGUGAUUACCGGCUUUAAAAUAUUCCAAUUUGAUGAUUUGUAUUGUAUAUCUUACUUAUAUAUUGUAUAAUAAUUUAGGGUUUAAGUCAAUGUUUUUUUAUACUUAAUAAUGUUAAUA